AUGGCUUGGUAUUUACGACUUAGUAAGUUUUUAAUUGAUCAAGGAUACUCUAGAGGAAAUAUGGAUACUACAUUUUUCAUUAAGCGUCAAGGAAAGCAUAAUUUUCUAGUUCAAGUUUAUGUCAAUGAUAUCAUUUUUGGAUCCGCUAACAUGCAACUUGUCAAGGGAUUUUCUAAGCUUAUGCAGGGUGAGUUUGAGAUAAGUUUUAUAUGGGAGUUGAAUUACUUCCUUGGGCUUCAAAUUAAGAAACUCAAUGAAGGGACCUUUGUGUGUCAAACCAAAUAUUGCAACGAACUACUAAAAAUAUUUGGUAUGGAAGAUGCAAAGUCGAUUGACACUCAAAUUCCAACAAAUGCAAACUGGGAAAGGAAUGAAAAUGGUAAGAAUGUUGAUGUGAAGAAUUCCAGAGGUAUGAUUGGUUCUCUUAUAUAUCUCACUACAUCUAGGAUGAAUGUUAUGUUUAGCGUGUGUAUGUGCGCUCGUUAUCAAUUGACUCCUAAAGAAUCUCAUUUAAAAGUCGUAAAAUGCAUUCUUAGGUAUCUUCAUGGUGAUUCUAAGUAUGCGCUUUGGUAUUCUAAGGGAAGCGAUUAUAAUUUGGUUGGUUAUAUCAAUUCCAAUUUUUCCGGUUGCAAAUCGGAUAGGAAGAGUACUAGUGGAACUUGCCACAUGUUUUCAAAUUCUUUCGUAAGUUGGCAUUGCAAGAAACAUGUUUCCGUUGCUUUGUCAACUGUCGAGGCAGAAUACAUAGCGGCCGGUAGUUGUUGUGCUCAAUUUUUUUGGCUCAAACAACAAUUAUUUGAUUUUGAUAUUGAACUACAACAUAUUCCUAUUAUGUGCGAUAUCACUAGUGCUAUUAAUCUAACCAAAAAUCUGGUGCUACACUCUUGUAGUAAACAUAUUGAGAUUCGUCACCACUUCCUACGUGACCAUGUUGAGAAAAGAGACAUCGUAUUUGAGCAUGUUGAUAGCAAAAAUCAACUUGCAAAUAUAUUUACAAAACCUCUUGCGACCGGACCGUUUUUCAAUAUUUGA